GUUCGCUAAAACAGUAACUGAAAAUUUGUUAGAAUGAGCUUUUUAUAAAGAACUUAAUACAAAUAAUUUGAAGCCAUAUAUGGAGUGGUCCAAAGAAGUAGUUUUCCAUUUCAUUAAUAUCAUCUAAAUAAAUUUAUGACAUAUGUUGAGAUGAAAAAGAGACAUAAGUACAGAAGCUGAGCCUUUUUUGGCCCUUUUUUUUUCAUGGUAUCCUCAAUUUAGUAGAUCAAAGACUAAUGUGUUACGAAUUUGAAUUUCAUUUAAGGGUUUGCUGCAUGUACAAAACAAAAUUUGAACUCUCUAACACUUGUUUAAGCGAACGAGUGUGCUAACCACUCAACUAACUCAUGAAGCUAAGUUUGUUUUUUUUUUUAAGACUAUUUAGGGUGCAUUUGGUUUAUAUUUUCAUUUUCAGUGUUUUCUGUUUUUUGGAUUUUGUGAAGAAAAAAGUAAAAACAGGAGGUGAAAAUAGAAAACAAAAUUUUAUUGAUUCACUUCUUCCUUCACAAAAUCUAAAAAACAAAAAACAUAGAAAAUAAAAAUAGAAAAUAAAAAUACAAACCAAACACACCCUUAAUUGCCCAAAUUAGCUAGGUUACCCUCUAGAAACUUGGCAUACUUAGCUUAAUGACUCCGCAAGAUAUUCAUAUCACUUUCUCUGAUGGAAUAGCUACCUUCAUCAUAGGUGAAUAAUGUCUAAAAUCUUGAUAAAUUGUAUUACAUUUGAAUGCCAAGUAUACCUAAAGAUGAGUACUUCACGUGCAUGCCAAAUUGCCAAAAGACAAUUUAAUUUAUGCAACAACUUCUGUGGUGAAUUGAUGAGGAUUGACCUACAAAGACUUGAAUUUGUCAGCAAAUACUUUUCGAAGUAUUAGAUACGAUACUUUAUAUAUCUUUGCUGCUCUACACUCUUUUGGAGGAUUCAUAAGACAUAAAUCAUAUGCAUCAACCUGUUUCAGUUUGGAAAAGUUUUUUCAUAAUGUCUCUACUAUACCUCGUUCUAAUUCUUCACACUUUAACCACUUUGAACUCAGCUUCAGCCACUGAAUUUGUCUAUAACACAAACUUCAGCAACAAAAAUAUCACCUUAUUUGGAAAUGCCAGUAUUCAGUCCUCCAUUCUCACUCUUACAAACCAGAGUUUCUUCACAAUUGGCCGUGCUUUUUACCCUCACAGAAUACGAACCAAACGAGCCAACUCGUCCACCCUUCUCCCCUUUGCAACCUCCUUUAUAUUCUCUCUUGCCCCCUUCAAAAACUUUGAUGCUGGCCCUGGUUUUGCUUUCUUGUUCACACCAUCAAGAGGUCUAAAUGGCACAACCUCAAGUCAGUAUCUUGGUCUCUUCAAUCUCAGCAAUGAAGGCAAUCCACAGAACCAUGUUCUUGGAGUUGAGUUUGACACUAUUAGAAAUGAAGAAGUAUUUCAAGACAUAAAUGACAACCAUGUUGGUGUUGACAUAAACUCGCUUGUUUCCUUGGUUGCACAUGAAGCAGGCUAUUGGGGUGGGAAAGAUGAUAAGGAAUUCAAGGUGUUGAAGAUAAACAGUGGGGAGAAUUAUCAAGUAUGGAUUGAGUUCAACCACUCACAGUUCAAUAUUACUAUGGCUAAGGCAGGAGAAAUGCGGCCUCGAGUGCCUCUAAUCAGUUCGAAUGUUAAUCUUUCUGAGGUUCUUGUGGAAGAAAUGUAUGUUGGUUUCAGUGCUUCAACAGGGAGGGCAAUAGAUAGUACUAAAAUACUUGCUUGGAGUUUUAGCGAUUCAAAUUUUUCAAUUGGUGAUGCUUUAGUCACUGAUAAUUUGCCUUCAUUUGUCUUUCAUAAAAGGUGGUUUUCUGGAUCAGGAGCUAUAAUUGUUGGAGUCUUCAUUACUAUCAUUAUUGGUGCUGGGUUUGUGUUGUUGAUUUUCUGUAGGCAAAACAAGGCAGAUGAAGAACUUGAAGAAUGGGAAUUGGAGUACUGGCCCCAUAGGAUUAGUUUCCAUGAGAUUGAUGCAGCAACAAGGGGGUUCUCUGAACAGAAUGUUGUUGGUAACGGAGCGAAUGGGAAGGUAUAUAAAGGGAUCUUGCAAGGUGAAGAAGUUGCAGUGAAGAGAAUCCCUCAAGAAGGAGAAGGGAUGAGAGAGUUCUUGGCUGAGCUCUCAAGUCUAGGAAGAAUGAGGCAUAAAAAUUUGGUGGGGUUGAAAGGCUGGUGCAAGAAAGAGAAGGGAAACUUGAUUCUUGUUUACGACUUCAUGAACAAUGGAAGUUUAGACCAAAGAAUCUUCGAGUGCGAAGAGAGAAUGAUGCUAGGGUGGAAAGAGAGGUUUGAGGUUUUGAAAGAUGUGGCUGCAGGGAUUCUUUACCUGCAUGAGGGUUGGGAAGUUAAGGUCUUGCACAGGGACAUCAAAGCGAGCAAUGUUCUACUGGACAAGGACAUGAAUGCUAGGUUGGGAGAUUUCGGAUUGGCACGAAUGCACAAUCAUCAAGGAGAAGUCGCCGCGACAACUAGAGUAUUAGGCACAGUAGGAUACAUAGCUCCUGAAGUAAUUAGAACAGGAAGGGUAUCAACUCAAUCUGAUGUGUAUGGUUUUGGAAUCUUGGCAUUGGAAGUGCUUUGUGGCAGAAGGCCUAUUGAAGAACACAAGCCAGGGUUACUUGAAUGGUUGAUGUCCCUAUCAGUGGCUGAUCAGUUGCACAGUGCUGUAGAUGAGAGGUUAAAGGCUAAAGGGGGAUACUCUAUUGAGGAAGCUGAGAAAUUGCUUCAUUUGGGUUUGCUUUGUUCAAAUUCAGACCCUAAUAUGAGACCAAUGAUGAGGCAAGUUGUGAAAAUGCUGGAAGGGGAAAUGGAAGGUGUUGAGUCUAACGAAGAAAGUGCAGAGAUGGGUUUACUUGCAAAAAUAAAAUCAGCAGCAAUGUGGUCUAGAAGUGAGUGUACCUUUCCACAUAAUGAUUAUCCAACCAUGGAUGAGGUUAGGAUGUUCAGUUCUAGUUCUAUGAUGUUCAGUUCUAGUUCUAUGAUGCAAUAUGCAAGUGACAACAGUGCCAUUCUAGAAGGCAGAUAAAGUUUAGGUUCAAAGUUGUUGCCGUCUUUAGAAGUGUUUCAACGCAUGUGAUCAGAUAACCUCCAAAGGAGGACUCUUUAUUAAGUCCUAUUUAUAAAAGUAGCUUUUUCUAUUAUUCAUUUGCCAAUCCUUAUUGUUCAUUGACUUUGAAGAAGGGAAGGAAUAUUCAAAUCAAAUUCUUCUUAUAAAAUGCCACAACUUACAUUAUUGUUUAUAUAAUUACAAAAUGUGCUUGCUUGAACAUACCUUUUCAGAUUCUGCAAUGUUUAGAGAUAAAUAAUAUUGCCAUUAAAGGAGAAUGCUACUAUGCAUAAAAUUGAAUUCAAUUUAUCAUACACUAGGUAAA